AUGGUACAUGCCAAGUAUAUUCUUUAUGUUUCAGUAUUUACAACCAGAUGAAAAGUCAACAAAGACCAAAGUGACGUCACAAGCACAACUUUCCGUUCAGAAUGUCAGUCCUUGGAAGCUGAAGCCAAACACUGUCAAGAAGAAGGAUGUGAAACCAUCGACAGAGCACACGUUGGACACGAGAUUGACCCAGUGACAGGUCAACCAGUGCAUAUAUAUGAACCUCCAUCCAAGAGGAUGAAGGUUGACACUAUCCCCAUCAGCACCAACGAGUUUGUGCUGCGGGAACAGGCUCAGAAGAAGAAAAAGAAGAAGAAAAAGGAGCCCCUGUAUGAGGCAAGUCUUCCUGGAGCCGUGGAUGAAGGAGCGAUUGAGGAACCAUCCCUUGGGGAUGAGGUGGGAGAAGAGCCAGAGGAAGAGGUUGAGGAAGAAGAAGAAAAGGUGCCGAAGAAGAAGUCAAAGAAGAGCAAGGAGUUUGUGGCUCAUGAUUACUCUGGGUCUUACAACAAGAUGUUUCAAGGAACUUCCAAAGCCAAAGAUGACUUUAAUCCUGCUGGUAAAUUCAAGAAAGGAAAAAAGAAUAAGAAUCAGAAACACAACAGCUCCCGAGGAAACAGAAGUUUCACCUACACCCGUGGCGGGGCCCAGAGCCGAGGCCACAAGAAACAUUAGAGAAGGGGGACACAGAUAGUCUGACAUCAUUAACAUCUGGCUGUCUCUCUGGGGAGACUCAGCCUCUCUUGGACAAAAGGAUCGGGUGUAAAUUAUCAAUUUCACAUUUGUCAGGACAGACAGUGGAAAUUUAUUGCAUCAAACAUGGGAUGAAUGCUAUGUAAAAUGUCCAGUAAAUGUCUGAUAUGAAAAUCCUUGCAGACCUUUUUCAUACAGAGAUAUUAAGAUUAAAUGUGUUAUUUGCCUCCCAAAAGUAGCAAUCACAUUUCUUUGAUCUGUGGGUGAUUGACUUUUGAAAUACUUUUCGGGACCAGAAUUCCUAAUUAAAACAGAAGAAAAACAAUUUAGGAUACAGUGAUAUGAAUAUGGUCUUGAAAACUAUGCAAAUUUGAGAGAUCAUGUCUUGCAGGAACCAAGGAAUGGUACUGGCAAGAUAAUUAUAAGACAUCCACCCAAACUUCUAUGAGCACUAUAAAAAGUUUUCACUUGUCCAGUGUGAUUUAAAGUGACAAUGCAUUGGUUGUUCAGCAUCCAAAUAUUCUGUUAUGAAAGUGUGUGUUGAAGUAUUCAUGUCGUGGUUGUAUAUUCUGAAUGUACAGUAUGUGAGAAAAUGAUGUUAUGUACACACACUAUGUACAGUUAUGUCAAAUAAAGUACAUGUAUGACAAA